AAGACUUGCUACUAAGAUGGAGCUGCUGAAGGGACUGCCAUUGCACCGCACUUUCCUGGCUGUCAUCCUGAACCUGCUGGCUCUCACCCUCUCCACCACAGCCUUGCUGGGCAGCUACUGGUGCACUGGGACCCAAAAAGUACCCAAGCCUUUGUGUGGGAAGAGCAAAGCCUCCCAGUGCGUGGGUGUCCCCAUGCCAUCUGAUGCAGAUGCGAGCAAUGUUUCAUCUGAGGACACAGUGCAUUACAGCUGGGAGACUGGAGAUGAUCGCUUUGCCUUCAGAUACUUCCACACAGGGAUGUGGCUUUCCUGUGAAGAGAGCAUGGAAGGGCCAGAAGAGAAAUGCCGCAGCUUCAUUGAGCUUUCACCACCAGCAGAGAGAGGAAUCCUGUGGCUGUCACUGGGAUCAGAGAUGCUGUACAUCAGCUUGCUGCUCAUCAGCUUCAUCCUCCUGAUGGUGGAAAUUCUGCAUACUGGAAAUCCUGUCUGUGGGAUGAAACUCAAUGCCUUUGCUGCCGUAUCCUCAGUGCUGUCAGGUCUCCUUGGGAUGGUGGCACACAUGAUGUACACUCAAGUCUUCCAGGCAACAGUUAAUCUGGGACCAGAGGACUGGAGACCUCACACAUGGGACUAUGGCUGGGCAUUCUACAUGGCCUGGGCCUCCUUUACCUGCUGCAUGGCCUCUGCUGUCACCACUCUCAAUACCUACACCAAGACAAUACUGGAGUUCAAAAGGAAUCACAUCAAGGGAUAUGAUGGGACCCUCAAGGAUCACCCUCAGCAUCAUCAGUGCUUCAUACAGCAAAUAAGCAGCUACUAUGAGCCCAAAGGCAAGGCCUUCCAUUCAGUGUCUGAGGGAGUCAACUUCUACACUGAUCUGCAGCAGAAAAUACUACAGCGGGAACCAGAGCUGGACCUGGAUGAAGUCUUGGGCCAGACAAUCGGGGAGGAUUGCUGUUAG